UCCCAUCGGCUAACAGGAGGGAGGAGUGUGUGUGUGUUGUGGGAGGAGACAGGGAGGAGUGUUUGAGUGUGUGUGUAUAUGUGUGUGUGCGAGUCUACGUGAUGGGGGGAGGGGACAGAGAGAGAGAGAGAGAGGAUUUGUGGCAUGUAGUUUGUCAGCUGUCAUUAGGCGCAGAUGACAAACACACACACACACACACCACACACACACUGAGCAGUCUCACAGAGAAAAGAGAGGAAAUACAAAACGAGUGUGUGUUUAUGUGUGAGUUUGUGUGUGUGUGUGUGUGUGUAGUGAAUUGGUGUGUGGUGACUGUGUAGCCUACAUGGUGUGAAAAUCAGUGUGUCUGCCCGGCCGGCAUGGGAUGGUUGACUGGCUCUGGACUGGUUAUGGACUGGUUUUACCAAAGCAGAGGUGCUGAUAUUUGCUGAAGAUGAGUAGUGGGGGGGGGAGCACCCCGGAGCCCCCCAGAGGGGGAGAGUCUCUGAAGAGGAAGGACUGUCAGUCAGAGCUCCUGGGACCCAGUCCUAAGAGGAGCACUGAGAGGAGGAACCGGGAGCAGGAGAACAAAUACAUCGAGGAGCUGGCAGAGCUGAUCUUUGCCAACAUCAACGACAUGGACGACCUCAACGUCAAGCCAGACAAAUGUGCCAUCCUCAAGGAGACGGUGAAGCAGAUCAGGCAGAUCAAGGAGCAGGACAAAGCUCCAGUGGCUGAUGCUGAGGAGGUGCAGAAGGCCGACGUCUCCUCCACAGGACAGGGUGUCAUUGAUAAAGACGCUCUCGGACCCAUGAUGCUGGAGGCCCUGGACGGCUUCUUCUUUGUGGUCAACAUGGAGGGCAACAUAGUGUUUGUCUCGGAGAACGUCAGUCAGUAUCUGCGUUACCAGCAGGAGGAGCUAAUGAACACCAGUGUCUACAGUGUGCUGCAUGUUGGAGAUCACGCCGAGUUCAUUAAGAACCUCCUGCCCAAGAGCCUGGUCAACCAUCGGAGCAGCGAUUCAUCCAACAGGAACAGCCACACCUUUAACUGUCGUAUGUUGGUCAACCCACAUGUCGACGGUGAAGCUCGGCCGACUGCUGACCAGCAGGACACGCCGCAGCAGAAGUAUGAGACCAUGCAGUGUUUUGCUGUGUCCGAACCCAAGUCUAUCAAAGAAGAGGGGGAAGAUUUCCAGUCUUGUCUCAUCUGUGUGGCAAGAAGAGUCCCCGUCAAAGAGAGGCCUGUGAUGCCCACGUACGAGAGCUUCACCACACGACAGGACCUGCAAGGUAAGAUCACAUCACUGGACACCAGUCUACUGCGGGCGUCCAUGAAGCCAGGCUGGGAGGAUCUGGUUCGGCGCUGCAUUCAGAGGUUCCACCUGCAGAACGAUGGGGAGAUGUCUUUCGCCAAAAAACACCAGCAAGACGUGUUGAGGAACGGCCAUGCGCUCAGCCCUAUGUACAGGUUCUCCCUGGCAGACGGCACCAUCGUCUCAGCUCACACCAAGAGCAAGCUGGUCCGAUCUCCAGCCACCAAUGAACCACAGCUCUACAUGUCCCUGCACAUUCUGCAGAGAGAGAACAUGGGUGGCAUGACUGCAGAUGCACCUGGUGGGCAGGGCGUGGUCAAGCCAAUGACCCCAACCAGUGCGAGUGGUCCCUCCCCUUCUCCUGACGCCAGUGUCACCAGCAACACCCACCACUCCGCGUCAGCCCCCAGCACCCCUGGACGUGGUUUUGGGGCUGUAUCGGGUCGGGCACCUACACCUCAGGGAAACAGCCACGCACUCAAGCUGGGCAGCCCCUCAGCCCAGGGAAGCCCCAGCGUUACUUCAGGGGCCCAGGGUGCCAUGUUGUCUCCUCGUCAUCACCAGAGCCCUGGCAUGGCGGCUAGCAGCAGCAACUGUGGGAGCCCUCACCUCCCCCAGCAUCCUCCUGGUUCUUUCUCUCCCGUAGCCGGCCUUCACUCGCCAGCGUCCGUGUGCAGCAGCACAGGAAACAGCCAAGGGUUCAACUCCCUCAGUGCACUGCAAGCCCUCAGCCAGGGCCACAGGGUUACCCAAACACUCACCGAGGGCCAACAUCCAGAGUCACCUGACAGAAAGGUGGUUGGCCUUCAGAGCCCUCUUCACAGCAGCACUGGUAGCCAACUGGCCAAGAACCAUCCCAGCUUAGAGGCUGACUUAUUUGGAACUUUUGGGGAGCAGCAAGAUUUGUUGUCUCAAAACCAGGAUGGUGAGCAGGGGGAAGGGAAAGACGGUGACCCUGACAGUUUCGGAGGUAACGGAGGCCUAGGCGAGCUCGGCGACAACCCAAACCGCCUUCUUAACACCAAAGGGCACACUAAACUGCUCCAGCUCCUCACCACCAAGUUAGAACCCUCUGAUCCUGCCUCACCACAGGGGCCCCUCGGGGAUGAUCAGAGCUGUAAGGACCAGCUGGGCAGGGUUGGGGGUAUAGGUGGGGCUGGACAUAACAACUACUCCACCUCGUUAAAAGAGAAACACAAAAUCCUCCACAGGUUGCUGCAGAACAGCACCUCACCUGUGGAACUGGCCAAACUAACAGCUGAGGCUACGGGGAAAGACCCCAUCGGCCCUGAAUCAUCUGCAGGGGACAACAUGGCUGCCCUGGGUGAACUCAGCACAAAACAGGAGCCGGGGAGCCCCAAAAAGAAGGACAAUGCAUUGCUACGCUAUCUCUUGGAUAGGGAUGAUAACGGCAUCCUGGAUAAAGCCAUUAAGAUGGAACCUGGUGAUGGACCAAAGCUGUCCAGUAUCAAGACAGAGAAACAGGAAGUGGGUUUCAACAUGCCGGACCAGACCAGUGAGCUUGAGGACCUGCUGGAGGACCUGCAGAGUGGAGGCCAGCAGCAGCUGUUUGGGAGCCAGCCACCUGCCAGAGGACCAUCUUCCUCUUCGUCCUCUUCCUCUGUGCCGCCUGGUUCCUCUGUGGACAAACAGACCAUCAUCAGUGAUAUCCUGCAGAUGACCGACAGCAGCAGCAGCAGCCCCCCCAACCAGCACAGACCCUUCCCUCCCAUUGGCCCUGCAGCAGGCUUUAACGGUCCCAGGCCGGGCCAACCGGGUCGAGGUGGUCUCCCAGGCAGGAGCAUGUCUCUGGACAACAAUAUGGGCCCUAACCCCAACCCCAAUGCCACCAGGCCCUUCCCUCCUCAGCACAGGAACAACGCUCCCUACUCCUUACUGCAGCAGCAGCCGCAACAGCAGGGCAUGAUGGGAAGUCAUGCAGGGAUGGCCAACCAAGCUGCAAUGGCCAAUGCAGGCAUGCUGAGUAACGGGUCGAUGCGGGGCCCCAUGCAGCAAGGCUGGGGUCCCCAGGGGCCCAUAGGGGGUCCCACAGGCCCGAUGAUGGGCCAGGGGAUGGGGCCUGGUCGCAUGGUUCCCAGCAUGAACACUGCGCUACCCACAAGAGGCCCGCCUGGAUCCAGAGCUAUGGUCAACAUGCAGAUGAUGGGAAAUGAGAUGGACAUGGCAAACCCCGCCUACCCUCAGCAACAAGCUCCGCCCAAUCAAACUGCACCAUGGCCAGACCGAAUGAUGAUGGAUCACUAUGGAAACCAAAGCAGGCCACCGUACGGCGUUCCCCAGGAGGACGGGAUGGGGUGUUGUAGCUCAGGGCCCGAGGGCCAGGCAGACGAAGGAGCCCUGCUGAACCAGCUGUGCUCAGUGCUUAAGGACUAUGAGGGUCUGGAGGAGAUUGACAAGAUGUUGGGAAUCCCCACACUGGCUGGACAGGGUCCUCUGUCAGAGCAAGACCAGUACCUCAGCUCCUCAGACCCAGCAGCCGCUAUGAAGCCUCCCCAGUACAGCCAACACUACGGUGGCCAGCCAGGUUACGGUGGCAUUCCUCCCGACGGCGGUUUCCACGGCCCCCACAUGGGUGGCCACAUGGGGCCACAAAGGAUGCCACCCACUGGUUACCCCCCAAUGAUGAGGAUGCCUGGGGGUGUGGGGCCCCGACCGGCCGGGAUGAGGCCAGGGGGGCCUGGUCCAGUGGUGCCACCUCAGCCCAACAACCUGAGACUCCAGCUGCAGCACAGACUCCAGGCCCAGCUGAACCGUCAGCCAAUGGUGAACCAGAUGAGUGGAGUGUCCAAUAUGAAUCUACCUCUAAGGUCUAAUGUACCAAACCAGGGAACCCUCAAUGCCCAGAUGCUGGCCCAGCGUCAGCGCGAGUACCUCAGCAACCACCUACGCCAACGCCAACAGCAGCAGCAGCAACAACAUCUGCACCACCAGCGUGCCAUGAUGAUGCGGACUCAGGGCAUCAACAUGCCCAGUGGGGGCGCCGCUCCGACGCCGAUGCCCAUGGGUGGCACCAACCCCCGCCUCCCGCAGGGCAACCCACAGCAGUUCCCCUACCCGGCGUCCAGCUACGGUACUGGCCUGCCCUCUCCUCCUCCACCUCCUCCUCCUCAUCCCGGCUCCUCCAGCCCCUUCUCCUCCCCUCUCUCCCCCAGCCAUCAUCUGACUAGCCAGGGCAUGAUGGGAAAUGUAGGCGGGCAGUACAGCGGGGUAAUGAGUCCGCCAUCACAGCACAGUGCCUUCCAGUUCAGCAGUUCAGGAAUGAGCCAACAGCAGCAACACCAGGAUCCAGUGUCAGGCUUCCCAUGUGGGGCUGCCACCCCUCAGAGCCCUCUGCUGUCCCCCAGGAUGGGACAGGGUCAAAGCCCCAUGCUGCAGCAGAGUCAGGGCCAACCACAACCCCAACCCCAGGGCCCGAACCAGGGAGGACCCCCCAGCUACCAGCCUAGCACCGACCUCAACGGAUGGCCCCAACCUGCCAACAUUUCCACCAGCAACAGUGUGUACCCACAACAGUCCCAGUCCCAGUACUCCACACAACCUAAUGGAGGAAUGUACAAUGGCAACAACAACAUGAACAUGGGAGUCAUGGCUAACAGCGGUGGCAACAUGAACCACAUGUCAGGACAGAUGAGCUCUAUGAACUCCAUGAAUACAGAGCAGGUAAGUGACGGCAGCCUGAUCCUGGAACAGCUGGCAGGCAUUGACAUGCUGACACAAGAUGGUGACGCCAGCUCUAAUUUUUGCUGACCCCAGCUGUGGCUGAGACCAGGUAACACAGGAAUGAAUGCAAAAACACUGACACCUGCUCAGCUGAGCUCGUGAGGAAACAGCAAGGAGCUGAGGACGUGACGUAAACACUGCUCCCUCUUUCACACCAGCCGACUCAGAGGCACCAGUCAGAGAGAGGAAAAACAGAGACAUGUAAAACCUUCUGAACUGCAUUCACUUCAGUGUGGCUUAGUUCACACUGAUUUAACAUUUUACGCAAAAAAAACAAGUCCGACGUUACAGGCAAACUGCGAUCUGAACCAUUCUAACAGCAAAUGCACAACAGGAGGACACAAGACUCACACAAAUGCAACUUAGCUGGUUUUGAUCGGACACUGGAUUUCAUCAAGAGAUGUUCUUUUUGCUCCUUAAAAGAAAAAAAAACUCUGAAAAACAACUUUUCACUUGCUGCAGUAAAGUCCCAGGUUGUGAUACACAGACAUCAAUGCAAUGUUUGCUGUUAGUAUGUGCUCUGAUCAGAUGAGUGUAUCCCUAAAGGUUUCCAUCUGUGGUCCUCUCAAGUCUCUGAAGCAGUGUAUUUGUGAUGGAGUAAAUUGUGUGUGUGUGUGUGUGUGUGUGUGUGUGUGUGAGAAACUGAAAUGAUGUCACAGAUUGACACUGGAGAAGUGAAUGGUUGACAAGCAUAAAUGAAACCUCUGGACUUUAUCUUUUACAGUUCUGUUCUAGAGCCUGACUGAAAAACGUCAAAUAAGAAGGUUUAUGAAAAAAAUAUUUUACAGGUAUUUAUAGUUUUGAAGAAAUUUUAGAGAUUCUUUAUAUGACAUUUAAAAAAUCAAGGAUAUCUUUCUUUAAGAAAAUCUCUCAGAAUGGUACAUUUUGAUGUCGAUUUUAAAAUUAAUAUAUUUCAACUGCUGUAGUUACCGGGGAGCUGUAUCCCUAUUUAAUGACUUUUUGAAUGAAGGUGAAUGUGUAUAGAUAGUGUACAUACUUAGAUUUAUAAUACCAUUUUUUCCUCCUGUAAGUGGUUUAACAAAGCAGCAGUUUGGAGUUUUAGUCCAACAGGUAAUCAGUUUUCAGAGAGAAGAAAUAAUUCAUUGGCUGAAUGAAACCUCAGAACACAAGGCAACCAACUGACAAAGAAGGUCCAGUGGCCAGAUGUUAACAACAUGUUUAAAUACCUUAUGUCACGUCUGUGACGGUCAUCCAUGACUGUCUGUGACCAAAUAACUGCAAAACGCAUCAGCCUCAGCUGUACUGUUAAGAAACCAUUAGCAAAUGUUAGCAUGCUAACACCCUAAACUAAGGACGAUGACCAUGGUAAACACUGCUAAACAUCAGAGUAAUUAUGAACGUCAUGUUUCACUGACUUUCAGUCCAAACUUGCUCCGUCAGAGACUGUUGGUGUGCUUCCUCUGCCCCCUGAGAGUUUACCACUGUGAUUAUUUCUGCCUCCAAAGCAGCUUUGCCUCUAAACAAUAUGUGUAUAACUAAUAAAACUCCAGGCUACUGCGAUUCGUUUUUAAAAAUUAGUCUUUACGGUUGUGAUGUACGGGCCUGCAGGAGUCUCUCACCUUGCAGGUGUUUAGCUGGAGCUCUCUGUCAGUGCUGAGGGACAAGUGUGUUGGUUUGUUGUGUUGGCUCUUUCUGUGGGUGAAGCUGUGACCUUUGAAUGACAAGACAUUCUCUAUGUACUCUAAUACAGUUCAGACUCAGAAGGAUUUUAACAGAUUAAUAGAGCUAAAUGAAGCUCAGCAUUUUGGGAAUAGCUUCAUCAGAUCAGUUUGAAAGGUGCUCCCUCUGUUUAUUAGGUCCUGUCUCACACAAGUGAACAAAACUGACUGUAACUAGUAACAGGGAUUUCUUGAAUCCCUGCUCCUCUACUUCAGAUGAUCCAGAAACCUGUUAAGCACAAAGAUGUGGUUCUACUUUUCUCUGCAAAACAAGACGAAUGUGACAAAGCAAACUGACUACAAAAUAAGAACUUUUAGUAUUAUCUAGACAUUUUUUUGGAUUGAUCCCAUUUUCCCUUCAUGUCCUUUCAUCUUUCAGUGCAGUAAGUUAUACUCCGGUGUCCUGCAUGUUGUAAAACCCCGAAGAUUUUAUGAGAAAACCUGCAAGAGAAAAUGUAAGCCAUGGAAAUGUUCUGAAUGUCAAACUCUCUGCAAAGGUUCAAGGCAAUCAAAGAGCAGGCACAGUAACUCCUAAUGUUUUUAGAUGAAGGUGAAUUACUUUCUCUUGAUUUUGACUGAUACAGUAUAUACAUACAUACAUGAAGAUUUUUCUUGAUUCAUAGAUGGAUAUUUUAUCAGUUGCAAAAUACUGUAAUUCAUGUAAGUACCUUUAAGAUGCUGAAAACAUAGCAUAAUGCCUUAGAUCUGUGGUUCUCUGUUUGGUGUUUACAGGUGUAUUAUUUGUGUCACACACUGCUGAGUGAGUGUUUCACUACUUCAUACUGUAGCUAUAAUAAUUAGACAACCAGAAUUUUUAUAUUCUCUCCCAAGAAGCGACACUGUACAACCUGUGUUAACCCGUCUACCAAGUCACAGAAAUGACCAUGAUGCUUUGUUUGCAUUUUGUGAUCAAAGUGGGCAAAUUGCAAAUUCUUUUGUUCAUAGUUAAAAUGUAUUGUUGCACCUUUAAGUACACAAUGUGAGAGGGAGACUGUCCCUCACUCACAGUGUUUUUGGUUUAUAAAGGGGUAUUAAGUCAUUUCUGACCUUUGCUGACCUGUUGAUGAUGAGUAGGGACCUCAGCAACAUCAGUUUGAGCUAUGGUGGCCUGUAAGUGACAGUAAUGUAGUCAAAAAGUGAUCUAGCCCUGAUGCAGGACAGUACCUCUGCUAAAAUCAGACACUUAUUCCUGACAUUAAAUCCUUAUUAACGUCCAUAUCAGGCCGUAGUCAUGUGAAAAGAAGGAGUGAAGGACUGCCUACGUAAAUUAAAAUCCUUAAUUUGAAUAUUUUUUCACUGUUGUUGCGAUGAAACUGCAUCAGGGCCAGAAGUCUUCAGAUGAAUCCCCCAGUGCUGAUCCAAUAUGUCUGGUUAAACACUGGAAUAAUAACCAUGCUUUAGUGAGCCUUUGUCGCCGAAACAAACAGUUUUAACACAUGUAGCACAGGUCAGAGUUGAAGUUGAAACUGUCAGGAGUCUGCACAGAGAAAUGUCUGGUUUUGUUUUGUGCUAUAACAUUUAGGACAUGUACUUAUUGCCUCCUUUUCAGAAUAUUUUCCAAGGCUAAAAACUCUAGGAAUAGACCACUGUAAAAUGAGUUUCUUUGUGAUCAGCUGUUGAUUGGACUGUAUGAAAGUGUGUUUCACAGUACAGUGUUGUUUCAGAGCAAUAUGUCGAAGCUGAAGGAGAGUGUAGGUGUUCAAAGAUCACUGUUUGCAGCUUUUUUUUAACCGAUCCUCUCUGCUGUGAUGUUCAUAUUAAAUGUCUCAGCAGUGACACAGUCCAGUUCAUACAGUUUAUUCAGAGUGAGUGUUUUAUUAUGCAAAAGUCCAGACGUUCACACCACUUUAUGCAAAGCUGUCGACUCUAAUGUUGCUUUUGCCAAUGCUACUCGUUAAUUUAUGAUUCAUGCCACUGUAAAUAAAUUAUUUUUAUUGAG